AAGUUUCCGUCGAGCUCUCUGACACAGCGCCUCUUCCUCCUCGCGUCUCUCGUAACUUGAGCUGAUAGAUUGCUUUUUCCUUUUCCUCGUCUUCUUCGAGCAGAGAGAAUUUUCCGAUCUCCGAACGACGGCGAAGAACCUAAAAUGGCGGCAGCGUUCACGUUGAGAGGGACUCACGUUCCGCCGAACUCGGCGAACCUGGCGGAGGCUCGCCGCCGUGUGUUUGAUUUCUUCAGAGCUGCUUGCAGAUCCAUCCCUUCCGUCAUGGAAAUCUACAAUCUCCAAGAUGUCGUCGCGCCCUCGCAGCUCCGAUCCGCCAUCGCCGCACAGAUUCGGAAGAACGCUAACAUCACGAACCCUAAGGUUAUUGAUAUGCUUCUAUUCAAGGGAAUGGAAGAACUGACGAAUGUUGUCGACCACUCAAAGCAGCGUCACCAUAUAAUCGGGCAGUAUGUGGUGGGUAGUGAAGGGCUUGUGCAGGAUUCUGGAAGCAAGGAUUCCGAUUUUCUCAAGAACUUCUACGCCAGCAACUACUUUUGAACUGGUGAUGUUUCUCUUCAAGUAAGUUCAAUCAAUUUAAGUUGGUACUUUCCGAGGAAAAUAAUGAAACAUAGACCUUUCACAUUUGUUACUCCUCUCCUUGAUCAACCCUCUCUUUUCGAACCUAACAAGUGAUGAUUCACCGUUUGUGUCUUGUAAUAACUUGUUUUGCAACAAGUCUUAGAUCUCUAGCUUGGGGUUUAAA